AUGUCGCUGCCCUCAGACCCUUUACGACGGAGCGCAUCGCUCCCGAGCCCGUCGCGAAACCCGAUCCAGAGCGUCCUCGGCAUGCCUCCGAAAUGGCUGCACAUGUACAGCGACUUCAUCACCAAGAACGCCCACCAGGUAUCGCAGAUCGAGAGCGCUCUGCGAUCACUGACCUAUAUCAUCCCCGGCCGCUUCCGCGACGCCGAAAUAGCCUCCGAGACCCUCCACUCCGGCGUCCAGCUUCUCUCGCUCUACCAUGAUGCGGUUCUGCGCGGCGCAGUCAACAAAAUACCAAACCUCGCUGCGAGGAUACCUGGCGCCCACGCGCGCUACACUAAGUUUUGGACCGCCAAGAGCAGACUGUAUCGGAGAAUAGCACUCAUACUGCAGAUUGUCCAGUACACAGAGUUGUUAUGGGAGAUGGCGGCCAAGCGGCGGGGGGAGAAGGUCCGGUGGCGGGUGGUCAUAGUAUUAGAGGCAGUCAAAGCUCUAUGCCGGCUGCUGCUGAUGCGAAUCACCAACUCGAGACCCCUGGUUACGCCAGCAUUACCCGAACGAGAACCGAUAACGACCGAUGACGGGCAGAAUGAGGAGGAUGCGCUUAACGAGUUGAUGGGAGAAGAGACGAGUCUUAUGAUGGGGAUGAAUGGGUCGGCAAAGGCGGCACACGAGAAGGAAUGGACAAUGCCGCGGACGCGCUCCAGCCUGCCGAGUUUGCCAAACCCCAGCGACGUCGGAUCGUACCUGCAGAGUCGGGUGCUGACGGCCGACGACAUCAAACCUGCAGCCAAGCUCCUCAACACCCUGUCGGGCCCUGGCCAGGCCGCCGAGAUACUACACAUACUCUCGCCGCUAAUAUACGCCGUGGCACUAUCACAGAGCAAGGACAAGAAGUCUUGGGCGCCCUGGAUAAUCGGUCUAAGCAUUGAAUACACGGCGAGGCAGCUGCGGGAUGGCGGCUUCCGCAGUACGGCGUUGGAGCAGGAGGAAUGGAGUAAGAGAUACUGGGCAGCAGGAUGGUGGACGAUGAGAGGCGCUUUCUACGAGAACUUCACAAAAGGCCUGGUGGCUGGGGUGCGCCGUCGGAUGCCGAGUCUCGUGGGUGGCAUUCUGGAAGACUACGAGUAUCUGUGGGAGAAUUACUACUGCAGCACCAGCGCAUGA